AUGUCGGAGCCGGGGGCCGUGGGCCCGGGGCCGGCCGCCAUCCAGGUCUCCAGGAUCAUGCGCCCAGAUGAUGCCAAUGUGGCAGGGAAUGUGCACGGAGGAACCAUCCUGAAGAUGAUUGAGGAGGCAGGAGCCAUCAUCAGCACCCGCCACUGCAACUCCCAGGCUGGGGAGCCCUGCGUAGCCGCGCUGGCGCGGGUGGAGCGCACAGACUUCCUGUCCCCAGUGUGCAUCGGGGAGGUGGCCAACGUCAGUGCCGAGAUCACCUACACCUCCCGGCACUCUGUGGAAGUCCAGGUCAACGUCAUGUCCGAGAACAUUCUCACAGGGGCAAAGAAGGUGACGAACAAAGCGACACUGUGGUACGUGCCACUGUCCCUGAAGAACGUGAACAAGGUCCUUGAGGUCCCCCCAAUCCAGUAUGUGAGAAAGGAGCAGGAGGAGGAGGGGAGGAAGCGCUAUGAGGAACAAAAGCUGGACCGGCUGGAAACCAAGCAGAGGAAUGGGGAUGUGAUAUUCCCUGUCAUCAACCCAGAUAGGCAGACAAAAGAGCCGCAGACUGUUGGCUACAGCCAGUCCAGCCUGAUCCACCUGGUGGGACCCUCAGACUGCACGCUGCUGGGCUUUGUGCACGGAGGUGUCACCAUGAAGCUGAUGGAUGAGGUUGCUGGGAUUGUGGCCGCCCGCCACUGCAAGACCAACAUUGUCACCGCCUCCGUGGAUGCCAUCAACUUCCAUGAGAAGAUCCAAAAAGGCAGCGUCAUCACCAUCUCAGGGCGCAUGACCUUCACCAGCAAUAAGUCCAUGGAAAUUGAAGUCUUUGUGGAUGCUGAGCCCUUCGUGGACGAGAGCCGGGGGCGGUACCGCGCCGUCAGCGCUUUCUUCACCUUCGUCUCUCUGAGCAGGGAGGGGAAGGCACUGCCUGUCCCGCAGUUGCUGACGGAGACUGAGGAGGAGAAGCGACGCUUCGAGGAGGGCAAGGGCAGGUACCUUCAGACCAAGGCCAAGCGGCAGGUGCAGCUGCAGCAGGCUGCCCAGCAGUGA